AUGCCUGUCCCCGAUGCUCACACACGCAGCAAGAUAAGCCUAGACCCUUCCAAAUCUCAUACCCCGUCUUCGAUUUCAAGCAAGACUCUGCCCCGCGUCGUCCUUGCAAAUGUCUUGUUCGUGGUCGCCAUCCAGACGACCAAGGAAUGGUUACUUGAUUAUGAUGUCGGGGCGUUUUGGGUGCUCAUGAGGGUCCUGGCGUGUGGGGGGUUGGGUGCUCUGGUUUGGGAAGGGGUCACUGGGCAAGUUAAGAAACGCAAGUCCAUCGAGUGGUCUGCACUUGCUAUGGCCUCGCUCCUUGUCUUCUUGCAAUACGGAACCUUGUUCACCGCACUCUACCGGCUACCCUCCGCUCGGGUCGUCCUCUUCUCCCAUUUCUCCACAUACCUCAUUACGACCGUCAUCAAUUUCCCUUCGGCAAGUUCUCCAUUCUGA